CAAUUUUGGCGAUUAUUCUUCAUCUCUGACCAUCGCUCCACCGACUCGUUUCUCUCUCUAUCACCAUUUCUCUCUGUAAUCCGCAUUCUGGUUCAGGUAAGGCUUAUAAGGAAGCUGAUACUGAUCUCUCUCGAUCGAUUUCGGCAUAUUGAAUUCGUUGUUAUUACUUGAGCUUGAAAAGUCAUUUUGAGCUCAAUAUUCCGCGUUUUCAGGAAGAGAAAAAUGUCAGGAGGCGGUAUCAGGACAGCUCUUGGAGCGAUUAAAGACUCCACUACUGUUAAUUUAGCUAAAGUAAACAGUGAUUACAAGGAAUUAGACAUUGCUAUAGUUAGGGCAACAAGUCAUUAUGAACGUCCAGCAAAAGAGAAACAUGUUAGAGCUAUUAUUGCAUCCAUUUCAUCCACAAGGCCUCGAGCUGAUGUUGCCUAUUGUAUAAAUGGCCUUGCUAGACGAUUAUCAAAGACACGUAAUUGGGCUGUUGCACUUAAGACAUUGAUUGUUAUUCACCGUGCACUUAAGGAAACGGAUCAAACAUUCCAUGAAGAACUUAUCAAUUAUGGAAGGAACAGAGGCCAUAUUUUCAACAUGGCUCAGUUUAAGGAUGAAACUAGUCCAGAGACAUGGGAUUAUUCUGCUUGGGUUCGCUCUUACGCACAAUUUCUAGAGGAGAAACUAGAAUGCUUUUAUGUACUGAAGUUUGAUGUGGUGACAAAUGGCCUGAGAACUAAAGAUUUGGACACACCGAAAUUGCUGGAGCAGUUACCAGCACUGCAACAACUUCUAUUUCGUCUUCUCGGUUGCCUGCCACAAGGUGUAGCUGUACGUAAUACUGUGAUUCAUCUAGCACUUUCUUUGGUUGUUUCUGAAAGCAUCAAAAUCUAUCAAGCCAUGAGUGAUGGUAUUACUAACUUGACUGAUAAGUUCUUUAAGAUGCAACGCCAAGAUGCUUUUAAGGCUUUCGAUAUACACCAUAGAGCAGAACAGCAGGCGCAGAGGCUUUCGGAGUUUUAUCAAGUUUGUAAAAACCUUGAUAUUGGACGUGGAGAGAAAUUUAUUAAAAUUGAACAGCCCCUUGCUUCAUUAGUGGAAUCCAUGGAAGAUUAUUUGAGAGAAGCUGUCAGUAAAGACCAGCAGGCAGGUGAUAAAAGUGUUUCUCCUGCCGCGGUUUUGGCUAUAGAAUACAACAAAAAUGAACAGACACAAGAAGUAAGUCCUCCACCCGAAGGACCCGAACCUGAAUCCGAACCUGUUAAACAGGAAACUCCUCCACUUGCUACUCCCCCCGAUUUAAUGGAUCUGAAUGAUCCGGUCAUUGUUGCGGUUUCAGAAUUGGAUGAGAAGAAUGCUCUUGCAUUAGCUAUUGUACCUCUUGAUGCUUCUACUACUACGACAGACUGGGAAUUAGCUCUUAUUACGGACGUUAACUCCAAUUUGAAUUCUACAACAGCUAGCCAACUGGGGGGAGGGUUUGAUAAACUGACAUUAGAUAGUUUAUACGACGAUGCCAUAAGAAGAAGCAAUCAGCAAAAUGUUAGCUAUAAUAAUAAUAAUAAUCCUUGGGAGACACCACAAUCAACAGCAACAUAUGAUCCAUUCUAUGGUUCAAACAAUGUGGCAGCUCCAUCUUCUGUACAAAUGGCAGCCAUGGCUGAUCAGAAUCAAGCUUUCAUGUUGCACCAACAGCAGCAGAAUUUGCCGAUGGGUCCUCAACAACAGCAACAGCAGCAACAAAUAAAUCCUUUUGGCGAUCCUUUUGUUGCUAGUGUUCCGGUUCAAGGGUAUUAUGGUCAAUACCCGGGACUUGUGUGAACGAAUGAUGAUAUUAUUAUUUGGAUUAUUGGUUAUUUUGCAUCAUGAAUAAGAUGGGCGAGAUUUUUCUACUGAAUCAUCACAUCCUGUUUCUUGAUGCUGAAGAAGCAGGAUAUAGAGAGUAUGUAUGAACCAUUGAUAAAUAUUGUAAAUGAGCCAAUAUGGCUGUAUUUUUUUUUUGUGAUUAUUGAUUAUAUAUUGUUUGAUCAUUGAUGUAUAAACCCCUAGUAUUCACUUUUUUAAUUUAUUGAUGAAUUGGUCUA